AAAUAAGAUUGACCAAAUUUGUCGGUUUCUAUUGUGUAGGAGGUGUAGUGUUUUAGGGUUUCAUACAUUUUCAUAUUUCAGUAGGCAUCUUAUUAUCAAACAGAACCUUUGGCAGAAUGGGAGUCAGCAAUAUAUUCAACCCUGCUUCACUUUGCUUGCUCAAAUCCAACGUUCGUCAAACUCAAAGGCCCAUUCGCUCUUUUGAAGGAAAUCAAAAGGGGCUCAUCAUGGCUACUUUCUCUUCAUCGCCUUCCACGGUUUCGGUUGAGCAUGUCAAUCAGAAGUUGAGUGGUGACUCUUUUAUUCGACCCCAUUUGAGAAAAUUGUCUCCUUAUCAGCCCAUUUUACCUUUUGAGGUUUUGUCAGCAAAACUGGGAAGAAAGCCUGAGGAUAUCAUCAAAUUAGAUGCGAAUGAAAAUCCUUAUGGCCCACCUCCGGAGGUUCUUGAAGCUUUGGGGUCACUGAAAUUCCCAUACAUCUACCCUGAUCCUGAAUCUCGUCAAUUGCGUGCUGCCCUUGCUGAAGAUUCGGGGAUUGAAUCUGAUUAUAUUCUUGUAGGUUGUGGCUGUGAUGAACUUAUUGAUCUGAUAAUGCGAUGCGUGCUUGAUCCUGGGGACAAGAUUGUUGACUGUCCUCCAACCUUCACAAUGUAUGAAUUUGAUGCUGGUGUUAAUGGGGCACAAGUUAUCAAAGUUCCAAGGAAGCCAGACUUCAGCUUGAAUAUAGAAGCAAUUGCUGAGGCUGUUGAGCAUGAAAAGCCAAAAUGCAUAUUUCUUACUUCUCCAAAUAAUCCUGAUGGAAGUAUAAUUAGCGAUGAAGUUCUCUUGAAGAUCCUUGACAUGCCCAUUUUGGUGGUUCUAGAUGAAGCUUACAUUGAGUUUUCAGGAAACGAAUCUAGGAUGCAGUGGGUGAAGAAGCAUGAUAAUUUAAUUGUUCUUCGAACAUUUAGUAAAAGAGCUGGUUUAGCCGGGCUCCGUGUUGGAUAUGGCUCAUUCCCUUUGAGCAUAAUUGAGUAUUUGUGGAGAGCAAAGCAACCAUACAAUGUUUCUGUCGCUGCUGAAGUUGCUGCAUGUGCUGCAUUGCAGAACCCAAAGUAUCUAGAGUUGGUGAAAGACGCUUUGAUACAAGAACGGGAUAGGCUUUUCAAGCUUCUCAAGGAAGUACCAUUUCUGAAUCCAUAUCCAAGCUAUUCUAAUUUCAUUCUAUGUGAGGUGACAUCUGGAAUGGAUGCUAAGAAAUUGAAGGAUGACCUUUCAAAAAUGGGUGUAAUGGUCCGUCACUAUAACAAGAAAGAGUUGAAGGGCUACAUCCGUGUGACUGCUGGGAAGCCUGAACAAACAGAUGCUUUAAUGGAGUGCUUGAGACGGCUAUCUUGAUUUCAUUUCUUUGCUAAAUGUUCCAGGAAAUUAAAUCUAUUUUCAUAGUAACAAAUGAAAUUGUGUUUUAUUACUUUAAAUUCAGACCUUUGAUUUUCAAUUUUUAUUUAAAAAAAAUAAAAGCUACGAUCUUAAUCAGAUAUAUAAGCAUAAA